AUGUGCGUAAAUUGUUUUGCUGAAGGAAGAGAAGCAGAAAAACAUAAAAACAAACAUCGUUAUCAAAUAAUAAAACAACAUUCUCUAAGCUUUCCAAUAUAUGACCAAAAUUGGGAUGCUGAAGAAGAAUACCGACUAAUAGAACUAGCAGGCAGCUAUGGUCUAGGAAAUUGGCUAGAUGUGUCAGAACGGCUCGGCAGCAAAACAAAGGAAGAAUGCUAUGAGCACUACAUGGAAGUCUACGUCAAGAGCGCCAAAUGGCCUUACCCACGAGUACAAAGUUUGCCAGCAGAACAUGAGAUCCAUGGUUAUAUGCCAAAGCGUAAUGAAUUUGAGCAAGAAGCGGACAACGAUGCUGAACAAUUAGUAAAGGACAUUGAAUUCAUAGAUGAGGACUCGAAACAGGACAAGGAAUUAAAAAUAGCAAUGUUGGAGAUAUACAACAAGAAACUGCAUAAACGGCGUGAGAAAAAGGAUGUAAUAAACGAACAUGGCUUACUGGAUUAUAGAAAGAAUGUAACGAAUGAGAAAAAGAGACCAAGAGACGAAAAAGAUCUAGUGGGGAAAACAAAAUCAUUUGCUCGCAUAUUGACGAACAAAGAUUAUACGUCAUUUGUUGAAGGGUUAAUGAAAGAGUGUCAACUUCGGCAACAGAUAGCGAAACUACAAGAAUGGCGUAAGAUGGGGAUCACCAAUUUGAAGGAUGGAAAACUAUAUGAAAAGGCUAAAUCUGAGCGCGAACAAUCUCGCGAGACAGCUUCACGUCCAAGCAUGUCAAUCGCCAGUGAUCGAUUGGCUGCCAAAUACGCUGCGAAUGUCCCACCAGUGCGAGCAACGGAAACUGCAAAUUCUUCCUCGAAGCACUCUCGCAAAUCUACAUCCAUAUCUUCUCUAGACGACUUGGAAGGCGCAGACCUCCUCCUUCCCGCGGAGAAAAAAUUAUGCGAGCGUUUAUGUAUAUAUCCCAAACCGUAUAUGGUGUUCAAAGAAAUGCUUCUCCAAGCAUAUGCCCGUUCGGGUGGACAUUUACAGAAGAAACAAGCCAAAGAGUUAGUGGAACAGCCUUCCAAAGGCGAUAUUCUCAUGAAAAUAUACGACUUUUUUGUUGAGAUGGGGUGGGUAAACCCGCCACCCGCAAUCGAGAGUAGCAAGAAUGGAGGAGGGAUGACAAAUGAGAAUGGAUUGGUGGAGAAUAGAAAUGGGAGUAGGAAUGGGAACGUUGAUAGUGGAGUCAUAUAA